AUGAAACUAUCAGCUGAGGGAACUGUUAUGGCCUCCUCGGAGGAGGCAGCUCAGUUGAGCUGUGAUACCUCGUCCUCUCAUGCUAGAAAUAGCAAAGAGCAAGACUUCCAGCCCACCCAGCAGAUUGGCAGUCCAACUGCUCUUGGUAUGGGUGCAUUCGCAAUUGCUUUCACCACUCUAUCGAUGAGUCUCAUGGAGUGGCGAAGCGCAGCCAUCACCAAUGCCUAUAUUGGUAACUGCUUUUUUACAGCUGGCAUGGGUUUGGUAUUGGUGGCCCAGUGGGAGCUUGUGCGCGGGAAUUCCUUUGGCCAUACCGUCUUUGGAGGCUUUGGUCUGUUCAACUUAGCUUUUGGCGCGAUCAAUGCACCGGCCUUUGGGGUAGCAGAUGCCUUCAAAGAUGAUCCCGCGGCAUUGAAUAAUGCCAUUGGAUAUUUUCUGCUCGUAUGGGGGAUAUUCGUUCUCUUCUUUACCGUUGCUGCAAUGCCCAUGAACCUGGUGUACACGGGCAUGCUCGGAACUUCCCAAAUUACAUACACUCUGUUGGCCGCCUCGUACUUCUCGUUCGCAGAUGAUCAUGCAUCUGCUGGACUCGCUCUGAAAAAGGCCGCGGGUGCAUUUGGGUUUGUCUCAGGGUUGUUUGCCUGGUACACCGUCGGCCACCUGAUGUGUCAGGAUGCCCUCCUAUUCUCGUUCCCACUGGGGGAUACGAGUCCCUUGUAUGCACGAUUGCAGCGAAAGAAGAGACACUGA